CCCUCCCCUGUUCACCGAUAGCCCUCUUCUUUGUUUCGCUCCCUCUCUUGCUGUCUUUCCCUCUUUCUUCUAUGUCUCUCACUUCCCCUCACUUGAAGGUGGUAAUUGUUGUUGAUGUUGAUUUGAUCCAACCCCGUUAGAAUUCAGUGGCAAUUCAAACACUAUUCCCUCAUUGCCAUACUUGGUGGCUCGAAUUAAAGAUACCAUAACCACAUUUUCAUCAGCUAAUUCUUCUUGGCCACUUGGUUACAAUUGGUCCCUUUUUUUUAAUUUUAUUUUUGUUUAACUUGUUGGUACUUCACGUUAGUGUCUAAUUCCAAUGGAGACCCUAAAGCCGCCCUCCCUUGCCACUUCUUCGGAUUCCUACGCAUUUCACCUACAAGCAUGCCUCAGAAAGAGAGACUUAUUUUCUGGGAAAUCAAUCCAUGCCCAAAUCAUCAAAUCCGGGCUUCACUUCGGAGUGUUCUUAAUGAAUAACCUUAUGAACAUGUACGUGAAAACUGGGUAUUCUUUGGAUGCUCACCGUGUGUUUGAGGAAAUGCCUGUGAGGAAUACACUUUCCUGGAAUGCGAUUCUCUCUGCUUAUGCAAAGCAGGGAAAAUUUGAUGCAGCACUUAGAGUUUUUAAUGAAAUGCCUGAACGCGACUCUGUUUCAUGGACUUCCAUGAUCGUGGGUUACAAUCAGAUGGGUCGUUUUGGUAAUGCGAUUCAGAUGUUUGUAGAUAUGAUUUCAGAUGGAGUUACGGUGACCCAGUUCACGAUUACUAAUAUUCUUUCCGCAUGUGCUGCUGUCAAGGCUUUGGAUGUUGGUAGGAAGGUUCAUUCGUUUGUUGUUAAACUUGCUGUUGGUAGUUAUGUUUCUGUUGCAAACUGUCUUCUAAACAUGUAUGCAAAAUCUGGUGAUCCAAGGACAGCAAAGAUUGUUUUUGACAGGAUAAGAUUGAAAAACACAUCGAGCUGGAAUGCUAUGAUUUAUUUGCAUAUGCAAUGUGGUCGUGCUGACCUUGCUCUUGUUCAGUUUAAGCAAAUGACAGAACGCGACGUCGUUUCUUGGAAUUCAAUGAUUGCAGGAUACAAUCAGCAUGGGCUUGAUAUGGAGGCACUGACUAUCUUCUCAAGUAUGCUCAAGGAUUCUUUUCUAAAGCCCGACAAGUUCACUUUGUCAAGUGUUUUGUCAGCUUGUGCUAACCUUGAGAAGUUGGAAAUCGGGAGACAAAUCCAUGCUCUUAUUAUAACAGCUGAGCUUGACACAUCCCAAGCAGUGAAAAAUGCUUUGAUCUCAAUGUAUGCUAAGUCUGGUGGGUUGGAAAUUGCUCAAAAGGUUUUAGAGCAAUGUGUGACUUCAGACCUCAAUGUUAUAGCUUUUACUGCCCUAUUGGAUGGAUACAUAAAGCUUGGGGAUAUAAACCCAGCCAGACAGAUAUUUGAUUCAUUGAGAGACAGCGACGUGGUUGCAUGGACAGCAAUGAUUGUUGGUUAUGUGCAAAAUGGGUUGAAUGAUGAUGCUUUGGAGCUCUUCAGGAAGAUGAUAAAUGAAGGCCCCAGACCAAACAGCUACACCUUAGCAGCUAUGUUAAGUGUCAGUUCAAGCGUGGCUUCUUUAGACUAUGGUAAACAAAUUCAUGCAAGUGCCAUGAGGUCAGGGGAAGUGUACUCAGUUUCUGUGAGCAAUGCUCUAAUUUCAAUGUAUUCCAAAGCUGGAAGCAUCAGUGGUGCAAAGCAAGUAUUCAAUUUGGUUCACUGGAACAGAGAUACUGUUUCUUGGACUUCCAUGAUUAUAGCCCUGGCCCAACAUGGUCUCGGGGAAGAAGCCAUUGAACUUUUUGAGAAGAUGCUGUCACUUGGUAUUAAGCCUGACCAUAUAACAUAUGUUGGCGUGCUUUCUGCCUGUAUACAUGUGGGACUGGUGGAACAGGGCAGGAGCUACUAUAAUUUGAUGAGGAACGUACACAAAAUUGAACCCACCCAUAGCCAUUAUGCAUGCAUGAUUGAUCUGCUUGGGCGUGCUGGAUUGCUUCAAGAAGCGUUCAAUUUUACACAAAGUAUGCCAAUUGAGCCAGAUGUUAUAGCUUGGGGUUCACUUUUAUCUUCUUGUAAGGUUCAUAAAAAUGUUGAUCUGGCAGAGGUUGCAGCAGAAAGAUUGCUGCUUAUAGAUCCAGACAACAGUGGGGCCUACUCAUCCCUUGCUAAUUUGUAUUCAGCUUGUGGAAGAUGGGCAGAUGCUGCACAAGUUAGAAAGUCAAUGAAGGAUAGGAGAGUGAAGAAAGAACAAGGAUUUAGUUGGAUUCAGAUUCAAAACAAAGUCCAUGUGUUUGGGGUUGAAGAUGGAGGUCACGCACAGAGAGAUGCAAUCUACAAGAUGAUGGAAAAGAUAUGGAAAGAGAUCAAAAAUAUUGGCUUUAUUCCUGACACUGAAUCAGUAUUGCAUGACGUUAGCGAAGAAGCAAAGGAGAAGAUGCUUAAAUAUCACAGUGAGAAACUUGCCAUUGCUUUUGGGCUAAUAAAUACUCCAGAGAACACUACACUGAGGAUCAUGAAGAACCUCAGAGUUUGUAAUGACUGUCAUUCUGCCAUCAAAUUUAUAUCCAAGCUUGUGGGCAGAGAAAUCAUUGUGAGAGAUGCUACUCGUUUUCACCAUUUUAAGAAUGGGCUGUGUUCUUGUCGAGACUAUUGGUAGGCAUAAGAAUGAGGAUUUAAACAUAGUUUGAUGCUCAAGUGUACAGAAAUUGAUGUUUGUAGUAUUUGCUAUCAGGAAGAUGGUUGAUAAUUGGAAAAGAGAGCAGGCGACAUGUAGCCUAACUUGUUGGUUCCAUACUGCUUGCUAUUAGAAUCCUCUUAGAUGGAGUUUCUCUUUUGAAACUCUUUUUUCGGAAAUCAUGUUAGCAUGUUGGGAGACAUUACAAUAUGGCAAUUGGUAGUGCUGCUAUACCUUGGAGGUGCAUUGUCUUUGAAAGAAUUAUUUGCCACGGAUUCUAACAUGGUUAGGGUGUUGACAGCCAGAAGUGAAAACAAGGGUUUUUGUUAUUUUGAUAUACAUUAUCGAGUCAUUCUCUAACAGCUUAAACUUUUGGGGUCAAGUGGUAAUCUAAUAUGGUAUCAGUGGUUGUAGGAGGUCCUCCUGGUUUAAACCUCCCAUUCCUAUUCCGUACUUUUAAGGUUUUUUUUGCUGGAUUGAAGAGGUAAAUUAUCUCCCUAAUUGUUCGGUUUUCUGUAGGGAUUUCGUUUCAUCGAUGAGUUAAACCCUAAUCCUCAAUCAAGACAUGCUUCAUUGGGAAUUACGGUUGUUUUUAAUCUGAAACCAAAUCAAGAAUCAGGGUUCUGCGAUGAAGAACCCUAAUUCCCAAUUAAGACACAGAACUCGAAUUCCCAAUUAAGCGUUUCUUAAUUAGGGUUCAGUUUAUUUUCUUGAUUGGCUGAGAACAGGGCCAUAAAGAUUGUAUUUAGUGUGUGUUCUUCUGCAUUUUAUCUUUUCCAGGUUAUUUUCUCUUUCUGUGAUGUAAUAAAAAAUAAAAACUAAAAAAUUUGGUGCUUUCUUGGUGGAUAUAUACGCAGAAGUACUCUGUGUGUCUGUGUGGCCAGGAUGGAUAUGUAUAUAGCAUUUCCUAAAUGGAAAUGUAUAUUACAUAUCAUCCAAUAAAUCUGCUGUGGUAUUGCCUUCCUAAUACUGUCAUAUGUCUUUCCAAUGCAUGCGUAUUCUAUAUUACCUACCUAGCUAAUUAUAAAUGAUAUUUGCAGCCAUUGGAAACUUAUGUUCGGAAGAAACUAAUUAGUUAAUUUUACAAGUUAUUUGAUAUGUGUUAUGAUUUUCAAGGUUUCUGCUAUUAAGGUUUACUUUCUCAUUUUCAGGUCAGUUGAUCACCAGUGGAAUUUUGAUUGUUUUGCUACGGGUGGAGUUGGAGUAGAUAUAUGAAACCACAACAGGUCUGCACCAGAGCAGAGUUUUGAAUGGGGAACAUACACAGUUGUAUCUGUUCGAUUUAAUCCUGGACAGCCAGAUAUCUUGGCAACAUUAGCAAGUGAUUGCAGCAUAGCACUAUAUGACUCACGCAUGGGGAAACCAUGGCGAAUAAGUUUACAUGAGGGUAG